CUGAUUUGACAUGUGGGAUAUUUGAUUUGCGCUUUUGCUUACCAAGGUUCAUUUUUGAAAAGCAUGGUUGUUAGUUCUGUUCAUUAAAGAGUCGCCCUGUAUCUUUGUAAAUAACAAUUAGACUCAUAAUUUUAAUAAAAAAAUUCUGCAUAAAAGACUUUGAAUCGUAGAAAUUGAAGAAUGCAUUGUGCUGUAUGUGACAACACUGAAUUUACCCUAAUAGAAGGUAUCUAUUGCUGUAAUGAAUGUAACAGCCAAGUUCUUUCAUCACUACAUGAACAGAGUGACCAGGAAGGCUUUAGUCGACGGUCAUUGCUCAGAACAUCUCCAGGGGAAAAACAAGUCAAGGUUAAGCAGAAAAAAUUAGUUUAUGAUGAUUGGACAACACCUGAAGCAUAUACUUUAAUACUUCGUAAGCAAGUCUCUGCUUUAAUAAAUCUUGGAGCUUCUAAACAAUUAGAGAAUGUUGUGCUUCAUAUGUGGUGCCUAUAUUUACAAAAAUGUCAAAUUGCUUUUAGGAUAGAUUAUAUGGCUAAGAAUAAAAAUGAAGUUCCACGACUUGGUCUUUAUGCUCCAAUGAGAGAUAGAAAGGUUUUAUAUGGAAAUAAAAUGAUAGAAAGAAAAGAAAGAAAGAAGAGGAAAAAAGCCAUGCCCAAAAAGUCUCCCUCACAAAUUAAGAAGGAUGGAGAAUCUGCUACUUCAGAUGCUGACAGUGAAAUUUAUAAAAUUUCAAGUGAAGAUGAUGUUGAAAGUCAAAAUGAAAAUAAAGAAGAUUUGCCUUGCUCAGAAAAUAUAAAACUUUCAUCAGCUGCUCGAAAAACAUUAAAAACGACGAAAAUACGUAAAAACAAGUACCGAGCUAAACAAUUAUCAGUUCAUGAAUUAGACCUUUCUAAAUUAUUGAGUUUUUGUCAUUUGGGACUUAUAUAUACCAAAGAUCGUUUACUGUUGCCUGAUCUUCUUAGAUUAGUGAAUGAAAGGAAAGUACCAUAUUUAUUUGCAACAGAGCAUUUACCAUCUUCAAUGAAACUUAUAUAUAGUGACACCAAUGUUUUUAGAAAGAAAAGGGCACCUGACCUAUGGGAAGUUUCCAGCAUGUCUGCUAAGCUAAUUGAUUUCCUAAAGCUUCCAAGAUUUAAGCAUUGUUCUCUGAUGCCUAUUGUUAUACGUUUUGUUGCAGAUCUGAAUUUGCCAGGUACUAUAAUACCUGUCAUCAAAAAUAUAAUUGACAGUUGGAAAAAUGGAGAGAGUGAGUGGUAUGAGACUAAACUUAUUGCUGGGAAGAUGCUUUCCAUGCCAUUAUAUGAAGUUCAAGCAAUGGCUGCUAUCAUUGUUGCUUUGAAACUUUUAUUUGUAUUAGAUGGAAAAUAUGAAGUAGAACAUAGUGAAACUAUGAUGAAGCUUAAUAUUCUUCUCAAAAGUGAGAAACUAUUUGUAUGGAGUGAAUGGAGAAAACAAAUGUCAUUAAGAGAAUUUUUAUUUAUGAAAAGUGGAAUUUCAUAUUCUGAUUUUACCAAUUUAGAAAAGAUAUGCCCAGAAUUAAUUGCAAAGUAUUCAGUUUACAAGCCAAAACCACAUGAAGAUUCCGACAAAGCUACACUUCGUUCAGCUAAUUCUAAAAAAGCGAUUGAAGCUAUGCUUAGAGAGAUAGUUGAUUUUCACGAUGCUCCUCCACACAAGCCAUCGUCUUUUCCAAUAAAAUAUCAACUUCAUUAUAUGAUGUCUGAAUGGAAAAAAUGGCACUGCUUCAAAGAAACUGAAGAAAUAGACUUCUCUUUCAUUUGCAAAGAUUUUUCAUCAAAACUGCUUUUUUACGACUUUGAGAAUGAUGAUCCUGACACUGAUGAAUUGAUUCGCCUUUUGCUUUCUUCUAUUUAUGAAACAUCGGAAAUAUUUCUUUUGAAACAUUCUGAUUCAUCUUGUAAAAAAGUUUUGUGCACUUCUUCUCAGUACUGGUUUAAAAAUUUCUCAGCUAGAAAUAUCAAGUCUUAUGAAUUGAUAGAACAGUGGCCAGAGCCAUUUGUCUGGCUUCUACAAAUGCUAAGCAAAUAUGUUCAUGUGAAUUGUACACAUUUGUAUGCAGAAAUUCGGAAUAUUGAAAAGAAGUUAUUUUUAGGUGUCAAAAAGGCAUCCUCCAAAAAAAUGUAUAAAUUGUGAAAUAUAAAAAUGUAAAUGUAAAAAUUGAAAAAUGGCAACAUAUUAAAUUAUUUAUAUUAAAAACUUA